GAGGACCUGCCAAGUCUUUGGAAACUGUCCACUGGCCUACUCUAGACAGUUCCUUCCAGACCUGGGAACCUGUGCCCAAGGACCCCAGGCUGAUGGGUGCCCAGCUCAGCUUCGAGGCCAACGCCAAGUCCCCGGGAGAGGCGCUUCGCUUCCACACGGAGGCCAAGGGCGCGCAGGUGCAUCUGGACACCCGCGGCUGCACCGCGCACAGGCGCGCCACGUUCCACGACGGCAUCGUGUUCAGCCAGCGGCCGGUGCUGCCGGGCGAGCGCGUGGCCCUGCGCGUGCUGCGCCAGGAGGGCGGCUGGCGUGGUGGCCUCCGCGUGGGCUUCACGCGCCUGGACCCCGCGCGCGUGUCCGCGUCCAGCCUGCCGCCCUUCGUGUGCCCGGACCUGGAGGAGCGGAGCCCGACGUGGGCGGCCAUGCUGCCAGACCGCUGCGUGCUCGAGGGGAAUGUGGUCCGCUUCUGGGUGAACCAAAGGGGCUGGCUCUUCGCCAAGAUCAACGCAGGCCGCCCGAUCCUACUGCGCAAGGGCGUGCUCAUGGGCGCCCCGCUCUGGGCGGUGAUGGACGUGUACGGGACCACCAAGGCCAUCGAGCUUCUGGAUCCCACAGCCAGCCUGUAUCCCACAACCUCUUGGUCGGUCCUCAGCGACGAGGCUGUGGCUGAGCCGGAAGGUGACAAGGCUGUGCCUAAGCCUGAAGCCACCUCGGGAGAGGAGUGUGCCAUCUGCUUCUACCACGCCGCCAACACCUGCCUUGUCCCCUGUGGCCACACGCACUUCUGCAGCUCCUGUUCCUGGCGGGUCUUCAGGGACACAGCCAAGUGCCCCGUGUGUCGCUGGCAGAUUGAGGCGGUAGUCCCGGCCUGAGUCCCUCCUCCUCUGGGGACUGGUGUAGGCUCAGGAGAGGAGAAGGCUUCGUGGUGUGGCUGGCAGGUUGGGCCUAAAUCUGAGCCCGGUGCAGAGCGAGGAGGUGCAGCGCCCCCUCAGAGCCCCCUCUGUCUGGAGAACUGUCAGCAGCAGAGAGAGGAACACAAGGGGUGGUGGCUGCUUCCCCCCACCCUUUCCCAACAGGGGCUUGGCCAGUCAACAAGGAGAAGCUCCUUUUCCUGCCCACGCCAGAACUGUCUCGAUGCAGUGCUUUGUUCAGGGGGAGGGUUGCUUGAUCCCUCAUUUUAUAGCUGGGGAAGUUAAAGUGUUUGCCUGUGCCUGGCGGGAGCCCUGCGCACCUGGGGCAUUGAAGAGCCUGGAGCAGAAGCUGAGAGGUAUCUAGGAGAAUCAGUCCCGUGUGGAAGCCGGGUCACCUCCAACAAGUCCCCCGUAAAGUGGAUCUGUAGUGACCUGCCCUGCCUACCAUUCAGGGCAGCUGUGAGGUCCCAAUGAGAUCAUGCAGCUGAAGAUGAUUUAACACAGGAAAACGCACUGUUGUCAUUAUGGUUAUUUCCUUGCCAGUUUCUGAGAUUAGCAAAAUAAAGUUUGUCUUUCACGAAUGAUUUAAAAAUGACUAUGUCCCCCACCACUUUUCCUUUUGCAAUACUAGUAACCGGUGUAGACUAUGUCCCCUCUGUGGCAGUCAGUGGGAGUGAGCAGAACUGUGGACUGGUCAGGAUGAUGGGGCAUUUGGGGACAGGCAUGCCAUUCUGUCCUCCCCAGACACACUCUCCAGUGAUAUAUUGAAGGAAAAAGGCUGCCCACCAAAAAUUCUAUACCAGCAAAACCAUCCUUCAAAAGUGAAGAAGAAAUGAAGACAUUUCCAGAUAAACAAAAAAGGAGAAUAUAUUGCUAGAAUACCUGCACUAUAAGAACUACUACUGGGAUUCCUUCAGAUUGAAAUGAAAGGAAUGAUCUCUAACCUUUGUCCAAUUUUAUGGAUAGGAAAACUGAGGGGCAGGUAGGAGGAAUGAUCUUGUAAAUGAUGUGGUAAGAAUUAGAAUCCUGGCCGGGUGAGGUGGCUCACGCCUAUAAUCCUAGCACUCUGGGAGGC